UUCGCCCCUUCAGCCCUUCUCUUCCUUCCCGCUUCCUACGCGGCCGCCCCCAAACCCAAUCCUCGCGUCGUCCCAAAAACCAAACCCUAGCGCAUCGCCAAGCGCAACGCAAAGGCCGGCGGAGGCCAUGGCGGUGGCGGCGCCGGGGCAGCUCAACCUCGACGAGUCGCCGUCGUUCGGGUCCCGCAGCGUCGACUGCUUCGAGAAGCUCGAGCAGAUCGGGGAGGGCACCUACGGGCAAGUAUUCAUGGCGAAGGAGACGGAGACGAAGGAAAUCGUGGCGCUCAAGAAGAUCCGCAUGGACAACGAGCGAGAGGGCUUCCCUAUCACGGCCAUCCGCGAGAUCAAAAUCCUCAAGAAGCUGCACCACCAGAACGUCAUCAAUCUCAAAGAGAUCGUCACCUCGCCAGGGCCAGAGAGAGAUGAGCAGGGAAAGCAAAUCGAGGGAAACAAGUACAAGGGGAGCAUUUACAUGGUCUUCGAGUACAUGGAUCAUGACUUGACAGGGCUGUCGGACAGGCCUGGAAUGCGGUUCACCAUAGCACAGAUUAAGUGCUACAUGAAGCAACUCCUUUUGGGUCUUCACUACUGUCACAUCAAUCAAGUUCUGCAUCGAGAUAUUAAAGGAUCUAAUCUCUUGAUAGACAAUCACGGUAUCUUAAAGCUUGCUGAUUUUGGCCUGGCAAGAUCAUUUUCAUAUGAUCACAAUGCGCACCUCACUAACCGUGUGAUCACCUUGUGGUACAGGCCUCCAGAGUUGUUGUUAGGAAGCACACAAUAUGGGCCGGCAGUUGACAUGUGGUCUGUGGGUUGUAUUUUUGCAGAGCUUCUUUAUGGAAAGCCUAUAUUGCCUGGCAAGAAUGAGCCCGAGCAGCUGACCAAAAUAUUUGAACUUUGUGGCACGCCUGAUGAGUUGAAUUGGCCAGGUGUCACAAAAAUGCCAUGGUAUAAUAAUUUCAAGCCUUCUCGCCCAAUUAUGAGACGUGUUAAGGAGGUUUUUAAGCAUUUUGACCGGAAUGCUCUGGAUCUGCUAGAGAGGAUGUUAACGCUGGAUCCAUCACAGAGGAUAUCAGCAAAAGAUGCGCUCGAUGCAGAGUACUUUUGGACUGAUCCCCGACCAGCUGAGCCUCACACCUUGCCAAAGUACGAAUCAUCACAUGAAUUUCAAACUAAGAAAAAGCGUCAACAGCAACGGCAAGCUGAAGAAGCAGCAAAGCGGCAAAAAAUACAGCAUCCUCAACCACACACUCGUUUGCCACCGAUUCAACAAUCAGGCCAACCGUAUUCACAAAUCAGGACAGGCCAACCUAUGAACAACCCCCAUCCUUCAAUGGCACCUGGGCCAAGCCAUCACUAUGCAAAGCCCCGAGGGCCAGGAGGGCCAAACAGGUACCCACUGGGUGGAAGCCAAGGUGGAGGAUACCCAAAUCGUGGAGGGCAAGGCGGUGGCUACGGCAGUGGCCCUUAUCCUCAACAAGGUCGAGGGCCACCUCCAUAUGGUGGUGGGAUGGGUGGAACAGGUGGCCCUAGGGGUGGAAGUGGAGUUGGCGGACCAAGUUAUCAGCAGGCUGGCCCUUAUGGUGCAUCUGGUACAGGCAGAGGGCCUAAUAACUAUCAACAAGGUGGUUCUCGCAACCAGCAGCAGUAUGGAAGCUGGCAAUAGUACAGUGCCAUCUCAGUGGAACCAUGCCGCAUUUUUGGUUGGAGCGGGUAUUGUAGUUUUUUGAGAUUUGAUCAUAACCCCAUCUAAGAAUUCUCCGGCUCCGUUUUUGGGAAUCUAGAUAAGUUCACAAUUCUUUAUGAUGCAUUGGUGUUGAAUUUGAUGAGUAUGGAAAAAAAUAUUGUUUUUGCAAUCAUUGAAUUACAAUUUGGUCACCA